CGAGAUGCUCGUGCGCGCAGCGCGCCCCACCGCAUCCUCGACCUUCUCGGGCUACAGGGACCGUAAGUGGCGACUAUGGGCAGACUGGGCUAUUGGACCCUGCUGGUGCUGCCGGCCCUUCUGGUUUGGCGCGGCCCCGCGCAGGGCGCGGCGGCGGAGAAGGGGCCCCCGGCGCUGAACAUCGCGGUGCUGCUGGGUCACAGCCACGACGUGACAGAGCGCGAGCUGCGGACCCUGUGGGGCCCCGAGCAGGCGGCGGGGCUGCCCCUGGACGUGAACGUGGUGGCGCUGCUUAUGAAUCGCACCGACCCCAAGAGCCUCAUCACGCACGUGUGCGACCUCAUGUCCGGGGCGCGCAUCCAUGGCCUAGUGUUCGGGGACGACACCGACCAGGAGGCUGUGGCCCAGAUGCUGGAUUUUAUCUCUUCUCAGACUUUCAUCCCCAUCCUGGGCAUCCACGGAGGCGCCUCCAUGAUCAUGGCGGACAAGGAUCCAACGUCUACCUUCUUCCAGUUUGGAGCAUCCAUCCAGCAGCAAGCCACAGUCAUGCUGAAGAUCAUGCAGGAUUACGACUGGCACGUCUUCUCCCUGGUCACCACCAUCUUCCCUGGCUACCGGGACUUCAUUAGCUUCAUCAAGACCACAGUGGACAACAGCUUUGUGGGCUGGGACAUGCAGAACGUGAUCACGCUGGACACUUCCUUUGAGGAUGCAAAGACUCAAGUCCAGUUGAAGAAGAUCCACUCUUCAGUCAUCUUGCUGUACUGUUCCAAAGACGAGGCAGUCCUCAUCCUGAGUGAGGCCCGCUCCCUGGGUCUCACCGGGUACGACUUCUUCUGGAUCGUCCCCAGCUUAGUCUCUGGAAACACAGAACUCAUCCCCAAAGAGUUUCCUUCAGGACUCAUUUCGGUCUCCUACGAUGACUGGGACUACAGCCUAGAGGCAAGAGUGCGGGACGGCCUGGGCAUCCUCACCACUGCCGCCUCCUCCAUGUUGGAGAAGUACUCUUACAUCCCCGAGGCCAAGGCCAGCUGCUACGGGCAGACAGAGAAGCCAGACACCCCACUGCACACUUUGCACCAAUUUAUGGUCAACGUGACCUGGGAUGGCAAAGACUUGUCCUUCACUGAGGAGGGCUAUCAGGUGCACCCAAGGCUGGUGGUGAUCGUGCUGAACAAGGACCGGGAGUGGGAGAAGGUAGGCAAGUGGGAGAACCAGACUCUGAGCCUGAGGCAUGCCGUGUGGCCGAGGUACAAGUCCUUCUCGGACUGUGAGCCAGACGACAACCAUCUGAGCAUCGUCACCCUGGAGGAGGCACCCUUUGUCAUCGUGGAAGACAUCGACCCGCUGACUGAGACAUGUGUGAGGAACACGGUGCCAUGCCGGAAGUUUGUCAAAAUCAACAACUCGACUAAUGAGGGGAUGAACGUUAAAAAGUGCUGCAAGGGAUUCUGCAUUGAUAUCCUCAAGAAGCUCUCCAGAACGGUGAAGUUUACCUAUGACCUCUACCUGGUGACCAACGGGAAGCAUGGCAAAAAAGUUAACAAUGUGUGGAAUGGAAUGAUCGGUGAAGUGGUCUAUCACCGGGCAGUCAUGGCGGUCGGCUCGCUCACCAUCAAUGAGGAACGCUCUGAAGUGGUGGACUUCUCCGUGCCCUUCGUGGAGACGGGAAUCAGCGUCAUGGUUUCAAGAAGCAACGGCACUGUCUCACCUUCUGCUUUUCUAGAGCCAUUCAGCGCCUCCGUCUGGGUGAUGAUGUUUGUGAUGCUGCUCAUUGUCUCUGCCAUUGCUGUCUUUGUCUUUGAAUACUUCAGUCCUGUCGGAUACAACAGAAACUUAGCCAAAGGGAAAGGCCAGGUGAAGCCGGUUGACCGGUGCAGCAAGGGAAGCCUUGAGAAAGCCACGGGCAGUGCCACUGAGACAACGGAGAGUCCCGCCCUGUGUAGUCCUGCCAGCGAGGAAGCCUGGCGCCUCCCUUCCCUCACUAAAGCCCAUUUUCAGAGACCUCAUGAUUAUUCCCCACCCUUUCGAUUUGGCACAGUGCCCAAUGGAAGUACGGAGAGAAACAUUCGGAACAACUACCCCUACAUGCACCAGUACAUGACCAAGUUCAAUCAGAAGGGAGUGGAGGAUGCCUUGGUCAGCCUGAAAACAGGGAAGCUGGACGCUUUCAUCUACGAUGCUGCUGUCUUGAAUUACAAGGCUGGGAGGGAUGAAGGCUGCAAGCUGGUGACCAUUGGGAGUGGGUACAUCUUUGCCACCACUGGUUAUGGAAUUGCCCUGCAGAAGGGCUCCCCUUGGAAGAGGCAGAUUGACCUGGCCCUGCUCCAGUUUGUGGGUGAUGGUGAGAUGGAGGAGUUGGAGACGCUGUGGCUCACGGGGAUCUGCCACAACGAGAAGAAUGAGGUGAUGAGCAGUCAGCUGGACAUCGACAACAUGGCGGGCGUCUUCUAUAUGCUGGCGGCCGCCAUGGCCCUCAGCCUCAUCACCUUCAUCUGGGAGCACCUCUUCUACUGGAAACUGCGCUUCUGCUUCACGGGCGUGUGCUCCGACCGCCCUGGGCUGCUCUUCUCCAUCAGCAGGGGCAUUUACAGCUGCAUUCACGGGGUCCACAUUGAAGAAAAGAAGAAGUCACCAGACUUCAAUCUGACCGGCUCCCAGAGCAAUAUGUUAAAACUCCUCCGGUCAGCCAAAAACAUUUCCAACAUGUCCAACAUGAACUCCUCAAGAAUGGAUUCACCCAAGAGAGCUGCCGACUUCAUCCAAAGAGGGUCCCUCAUCAUGGAUAUGGUUUCAGAUAAGGGGAACUUGAUAUACUCGGACAACAGGUCCUUCCAGGGGAAAGACAGCAUUUUUGGGGACAACAUGAAUGAACUCCAGACAUUUGUGGCCAGCAGGCACAAGGAUAACCUCAAUAACUAUGUGUUCCAGGGCCAACACCCUCUAACCCUCAACGAGUCCAACCCCAACACGGUGGAGGUGGCCGUGAGCACAGAGUCCAAGGGGAACUCAAGACCCCGGCAGCUUUGGAAGAAAUCCAUGGAGUCUCUACGGCAGGAUUCGCUGAGCCAAAACCCAGUCUCCCAGAGGGAGGAGGGGGCUGUGGAGAACAGGACACACUCCCUGAAGAGUCCCCGGUACCUUCCGGAAGAGGUGGCUCACUCAGACAUUUCAGAAACUUCGAGUCGGGCCACGUGCCACAGGGAACCCGACAACAAUAAAAACCACAAGACCAAGGACAACUUCAAAAGGUCAAUGGCCUCCAAAUACCCCAAGGACUGUGGCGAGGUAGACCGUACCUACAUGAAAACCAAAGCGAGCUCCCCCAGGGACAAGAUCUACACGAUUGACGGGGAGAAGGAGCCCAGUUUCCACUUGGACCCUCCCCAGUUCAUUGAAAACGUGGCCCUUUCCGAGAACGUGGACUUUCCAGAGGCCUACCAGGACCACAAGGAGAACUUCCGCAAGGGGGACUCCACGCUACCGAUGAACAGGAACCCCCUCCACAAUGAGGAUGGGCCCCCCAACAAUGACCAGUACAAACUCUACUCCAAGCACUUUACCUUGAAAGACAAGAGCUCCCCUUGCAGCGAGGGGAGUGACCGGUACCGGCAGACCUCCACGCACUGCAGGAGCUGCCUCUCCAACCUGCCCACCUACUCGGGCCACUUCACCACGAGGUCCCCAUUCAAGUGUGACGCCUGCCUGAGGAUGGGGAACCUGUACGACAUCGAUGAAGACCAGAUGCUCCAGGACACAGGUAACCCCGUCACCCAGGAGGAGGUCUACCAGCGGGACUGGGCACAGAACAACGCCCUCCAGUUCCAAAAGAACAAGCUGAGGAUUAGCCGUCAGCAUUCCUACGAUAACAUCCUGGACAAGCCCAGGGAGCUAGACCUCAGCAGGCCCUCCCGGAGCACAAGCCUCAAGGACCGGGAACAGUUCCUGGAGGGAAAUUUGUACGGGAGCCUGUUCAGUGUCCCGUCCAGCAAACUCACGGGGAAUAAGAGCUCUCUUUUCCCCCGGGGUCUGGAGGACAGUAAGAGGAGCAAGUCUCUCUUGCCAGACCACUCUUCCGACAAUCCUUUCCUCCACUCCCACGGGGACAACCAACGCUUAGUCAUUGGCAGAUGCCCCUCGGACCCUUACAGACACUCGCUGCCCUCCCAGGCAAUGAAUGACAGCUACCUUCGGUCGUCCUUGAGGUCCACGGCCUCAUACUGCUCCAGGGACAGUCGGGCCCCCAGCGAUGUGUAUAUCCCAGGGCAUGUUAUGCCUUACGCUGCAAAUAAGAGUAACAUGUACUCUACCCCCAGGGUUUUAAAUUCCUGCAGCAAUAGACGCGUGUAUAAGAAAAUGCCUAGUAUCGAAUCCGAUGUUUAA